AUGAUAGCCAUUCCUCCCCGUCUCGGAGAGGCCCCGAACGAGGCUGAGCACAAGCCCGACGCACGAGCAGAGCUGACAUCAACAUGCCGCGUGGCCGUCAUCCCAUCGCCGCUCGCGCUCCCUGACCUCGACACGCCACCUGUCCUGCACUGCACCUCGCAUGUCCGGCCCCGGUCGGCCCUCCGAACAUCGCCCGCCAUCGUCAGCCGACGUCCCGGCCACUUCCACUGGUUGCCACCGCCGCAGCCUCCUCUCUCCCGACAGCUAACCAGGCCAUCUCGACGUGCGCCUGUCUCGACAAUUGACUCUUGA